AUGGUGUCUUCUCAGGGAUCUGUGUCCUUCGAGGAUGUAGCUGUGGAUUUCACCCAACAAGAGUGGCACAGACUGGGCUCUACCCAGAGAACGCACAAGGAUGUGAUGCUGGAGACCUACAGUCACUUGGCAUCUGUGGGCCUCUGUGUGGCCAAACCAGACAUGAUCUUCAAGUUAGAGUGGGGAGAAGAACUCUGGAUAUUAGAAGAGGAAUCCUCAGGUUAUGAUUACUCAGGUGUGUGGGCAAGAACCAGAAACAUUGAACACAUGGUAAGCCAUUCCCAAGGAAUUUAG